UUCGACACCAUCAAAACGCGACUGCAGUGCUCUCCGCCUGGAACGUACAAGAACGCCAUCGACUGCUUCCUAAAAACAAUCAGAACUGAGUCAGUUUUCGCCUUGUACAAGGGCGCUACUCCUCCUGCAGUCGGCUGGGCAGCAAUUGAUUCCGUGCUCCUGGGCUCGCUCCACAACUACCGCCUGCUCUUACUGAGGUGGGGCUUAACCGAGGCCACCUUUGGGUCGGACGCCCAGCGGCUCACUCCUCUUGGCCACGGGAUCGCCGGACUGUUCGCAGGAUGUACCAGUGCGCUGGUAGCCACGCCAAUAGAGCAUAUCAAAGUGAAGUUGCAACUACAACUCCAGCGUUCCGCUGCCGAUCGCCAGUACAGAAAUCCUAUCGACUGUAUUCGCCAGAUUGUCCGUGCGAAAGGAAUGCUCGGUCUAUGGACCGGUUUCACUGGGAGUCUCGCAUUCCGCAGCAACUUCUUCUGGAUGUUUGGAUCAGUAGAGGUGAGGACGGCCUUGAUAAGUCGUUACAACAGUCUCUCACCUAACGCAUACACAACCUUCCUCUCUGGAGGAUUCGCGUCCUUCGCCUUCUGGUUCAUGGCUAUCCCUGCCGAUAAUAUAAAAAACCGGAUGAUGGCAUCGCCUCCAAUUUUUCCAAGACCAUCCUUCAUGGGAAUGGCAAGGACAAUCUUCGCGGAAGGGGGAUACCGGGCCUUCUUUCGUGGGUUAGGGCCUACGGUUCUGCGUGCUUUCCCAGUCAAUGCGUCGGCGUUGUGGGUCUAUGAAGGCACAAUGCGGGUGAUGGGCGCAGAGAAGGUA